CAUGCACGUCACGCACUGUUGUAUUCUUGAAUUUUUGUCCCCGGAUUGAUCGGAGUCCUAGCGCUGUGCGUGAAAUAAACAGACGUUGAAAGUAGGCCAUGGCAAAUGCCAACCCGUAUGAAAUUAUUACGUGUAUUUUAAAAUAAAUAGUGUUUAACUUUUAUAAAAACUUUUACAAUGGAAAUAGUGGACGUCGAAGAGUGUCAGACUGACCCGACCGCGGUCACCCGAAAGAAAAGUUUAUGGGCUAAAAUUAACAAUAGGACGACGUACGGCUAUUUGUUUAAUAUUAUUGUAACGAUUAUAUUGCUCACGUGUGUGGUGUUAGUGCUGUACUUCUUCAAGGAGUAUUUGAGGGCGAUAUUAUUUUGGGUGAACUCUCAGGACCCUUGGAUAAUAUUUUUGUUGUUUGUGGGAUUGUUUUUGCUGGUGAGUUUCCCAGUGACUAUUGGGUAUUUGGUGUUGAUAAUAACAAGUGGUUACUUGUUGGGGAUUUUGCACGGUUUGGGAACUGUGUUGGUGUGUGCGAACUUUGGAGUGGCGGUGGCCCACUAUACGCUGCGGGCAAUGAGGAGCUACCUGCCGCUGGACCGACUGCUGAAGAAUGAGACGGCGCGGGCCCUGCUGAAAGUCAUCGCGGGCCCGCAAGCCUUCAAAAUAGUGUUCUUUGCCAGACUCACGCCAAUCCCGUUUGGAUUGCAGAACACGAUUUUCGCCGUGAGCGACGUGCGAGGAUGCGGGUACCAUCUAGCGACGCUGCUGGGCUUGCUGCCGGCUCAGGUCAUCAACGUGUACCUGGGCUCCACCCUGCGGUCCAUACACGAGGUGCUGGAUGACUCGCACAUCACCGGCUACAUCGUGUUCGCGUUUCAGAUACUGAUCGGCAUAACCCUCAUGGUGUGGGUGGUCCAAAAAGCCCGCAAAGAGCUGACGAUCGCUAUCAUGGCCGCCGAGUCGUUAUCCACGUCGUCGAGCUCCACGCUCAGCUAGCCCACGCCUCGCGCGUCCACCGACCUGGACAGCGUCUCCGAGGAACGAUCCAGCUAGGGUCUACUCGACGGGUGCUUCGGACCCGCCGACGCCCAAGACGAAACGUACGUGUGAAUUUAAGGGUCAGAACGACCCUGUGAUACUAAGUAUAAUCGCCAAUUUACCUCCAAGAGGAUAGCCGUAAGUCCUGUGAGAUAAGUGUAACGCUGUUGAUGUUCGAACAGUAGAUACGUUCUACGUACAACCGUUUUAGUGUAAUGUUUAUAUUAAACGCGCGAGUGAGACUGCAUGAUGUUAGUAAAAAUAAUACCAAUAUCUCGACGAUCUCCGAAUCUUCGCCACUUUGGUGGCCAGUUUUCAAAGUCAUCUUCAUAUUUUUCAUGAAAUUUCAAACAUUUUUACGAUGGACGCCCUGGAACGGGUCCAAAAACGGGACGCAUUCCCGGGGAAACAAACAGAUUUACAGCUCGCACGAGACAAACAAGCUCGUACAUAAAGUACAGUCGACAUUAUGUCCUUCAAGAGAUCACCGAUAAACACAAUUUUUGGAUGAGAUCUAAACUCGGGAGUCUUCGUAAUACCGUAAGGCGUAGUAGCCAUGAUGAUAGAACGUGAACACAUUUUGUGAAUUUUAAGUUCCUAUUUCGUUCUUCCACAACAACGGUAUGAAAUUAUGGUUGAAGAUAAUUAUGGGACUAAGUUUUACCUUAAUUUAAAUCAGACUAUUAGAGAGCGCGAAGAUAGACGUUGCCGCGUUGGGAGAAAGGAAAGUACCUACCUAUCAUACGCUUCGUUAACAACGAUAUUCGUUCGUAUCAAAAUUUAGUCUCGAUUAUAAUCAAAGGUCAAUCAACUAUACAUUCAAAACUGGUUGGCGAAUAAUGUCAAUAAGAUCGAUUUUUCCUUUGUUUGACCUUUUUAUUUGGGUAAUGUCAAUGGUACUAUUAAUCUGUACCAGGGCCAGACGUCUGGCGCCUACUAAGCCUUCGAGUGACGCCAAUGCCUGCAUCUUCUCAGUCU